CCUGCCGGGUUAAAUAAAACCUAACCAAAACUAUCGACUCUCUCGCGUUGAAUUUUCGCGCGAAAUAAAAAUAAGUGUCUCCGCAGUCCGCACGUAAUUUGCCACGCUUUUCAGGCCAUAAAUUCCGUUUUUUUGAUUUCUUGGGCAACGGUGGCGUCUUCGUAGCUUCUAAUCGGAAGUUUAAGAGAAGAAAAAAAAGCACUAGGCUUGUCCUCGGGCUGUGCAACCAGUUCGUGCUCUCGUUGCAGUUCUUGUUUCUUUGAAUCAGCAGCUGUCUAAAGCUAGCCCGGGGAUCUCCCACUCGCUUCCCCUCUCGCGAUGACGUCGAGGAUAUCUGAUCCGGAGCAACCCCAGAUCUCGUUCUUCUCCAGGUUAUCCAAGCAACAUCACACAGAGAUUGACAAAGAUGACACAAGAGAGCCUCUUAUCGACGGGGAUAGCUCAAAUCAGAGCUUCUCACUCAGUGCAGCGAUUCUCCCAUUCUUUUUCCCAGCUCUCGGAGGACUGCUUUAUGGCUAUGAUAUUGGUGCUACAUCUGGUGCUACAAUUUCUUUGGAGGUAUGCCAAUGAAUUUUCUAUAUUAGCCUAGUUAAAGGAACUUAUUUUAUAUAGUAAUUAUUGGGUUUUUCAUUCUAUC